AUGAACAACCUCGAGAAUUCCUUCAUUGCCGGUGCUGGCGCCUAUGUCAAAGGCAAGUACGCUAUCACAUCGACAGGGGUCGUCCGAAAGGGAACAGGACGCGCCUUCAGCGUCGUACCGGAAGAGCUGGAAUGGGGCGGACAGGUGAUCGGUCGAGGCGCCAGCGGCUGUGUGCUGAUCUCGCGUCACCGACCGACCAAUACGCCGUUGGCACUCAAGAUGAUUAACAUGUACGACAAGAUCAAACGUGAGCAGAUAAUCCGUGAGAUCAACGCGCUGUUCGACGCAAAGUGUCCGUGUCUCGUAACUUUCUUCGGCGCGUUCCUCCGUGACGGAGCCGUGGUGCUCGCUCUCGAGUACAUGGAUGGAGGAUCAUUAGAAAACGUAAUCCAUCAGCUCGGUACCAUUCCAGAACACGUCCUGGCUAGCAUGGCCUUCCAGAUCCUCCACGCGCUGUCAUAUCUCAAGACAAACAAGCGCGUUCACCGCGAUAUCAAGCCGCCCAAUAUUUUACUUAACAGCCAGGGUCAAGUCAAACUCUCGGACUUUGGUAUCGCUUCCGAGCUCGGCAACUCAAUCGCCAUGUGCGGUACGUUUGUAGGCACCUUCCGCUACAUGUCGCCUGAGCGUAUACAACACACGCAGUACAGCUACAGCUCGGACAUCUGGAGUCUCGGUCUCGUGCUCAUGGAGGCCGCAACUGGCGUGUACCCGUACCCAAAACACAAGGCUUGCAUCGACAUGUUGCAGAGUGUACUGGAAGCACCGCCGCCAGCUCUGUCGCCACAGUAUUUUUCUCAGGAUUUCUGCGACUUUUUACACCAGUGUUUGCAAAAGAACCCGCUCGAUCGUGCGUCAGCGGAUGCUCUGCUUGAAUCACCUUGGCUGCAGCGCUGCGGGGCUGUUAACCUCGAGAAGUCGAUCGGUAAUGUGCGGCAUUGGAUCGACUCGCUGCAAUAA